AUGGCGCGGACAUACGCUGAAGCUGUUGCCUCCCUCAACACGCUCCAGACCAACUUCGCCAUUGUCGACGCAAUCCGGAAGUCAGGGGGAAAGCUGAAUGAGCGGGCCAUUCCAGAAAUGAGAGAGUGGUGCCGCAAAAUUGGAUAUCAACCAUCGGAUCUCAACGUAUUGAAAGCCGUUCACAUUGCCGGAACAAAAGGCAAAGGAUCUACCGCGGCUUUCACAUCCUCAAUCUUGACGCAGUUUGUGGGAGACGCAGGAGUCAAGUCACUCUCAAAAGUCGGGCUGUACACAUCGCCGCAUUUGCGUUUCGUUCGCGAACGCAUUCAGAUUAAUGGGCAACCACUCUCUGAAGCGCAAUUUGCGCAGUACUUCUUCGAGGUGUGGGAUCGUCUCGAGGAUGCAGCGAAGGCCGCAGGGGAAGACCCCCAGGCUCCUGGGGCAAAGCCCGUCUAUUUCAGAUACCUCACGUUGAUGGCCUUUCACACAUACAUAAGUGAAAAGGUUGACGCUGCGGUGAUCGAAUGUGGUAUCGGUGGUGCCUACGACAGCACCAAUAUCCUCGAAUCUCCUGCGGUGACCGGGGUCACGAGUCUCGGCAUCGAUCACGUCGCCAUGCUUGGUUCGACAAUCGGUGAAAUCGCAUGGCACAAGUCUGGAAUCAUGAAGAAGGGAGUCAAAUGUUUCACGCCGAACAGUCAGGCGGCAGAGGCGAAACGUGUCAUGGAAGAUGUCUCCCAGGAGAAAGGAAGCACUCUCACCUACGUGGACACCGAUCCGGCCAUCGCAAACGGCGAGACCAAACUCGGCCUGGAGGCAGACUUCCAGAAGACCAACGCCAGCCUCGCGCUUGCCAUUGCCAAAGAAUGGCUGGUGCAGCAAGGCUUCGGUUCUGACCCGGACUUCGACCUCAAGGUCCGGCAUGGUCUCGAGAAAGUCCGAUGGCCAGGACGAUGCGAGACACGACGCGAACCAGGCAUCCGAUGGUGCAUCGAUGGCGGCCACACCCUUGAAAGCAUCGAACUUGCAGGGAAGUGGUUUGCUUCACAGCUGGCCACUCCCACUUCUACACAGAGUCUCUCCCCUGUCCAGCCGCAGCCUCGCUUUUUGAUUUUCAACCAGCAGACACGCGACGCCACAGCUCUCGCCCAGGCGCUGUUCAACAGCCUGUCCACCGCUCUCCAAGACUCCCAUCCGUUCACACAUGUCAUCUUCUGCACUAAUACUACAUUCAAGGAAACCGGCUUCCGGCCUGACCUCAUCUCGGUGAACACGAAUGCUUCGGAUGUCGAAGCUCUCAAAGUCCAGACCGACUUGGCCGAGAUCUGGAGACAGAUUGACCCCUCAGCUCAGGUCGAGGUAGUAAAGACCAUCGAAGAGGCCGUCGACACGGUCCGCAACUCGGCGAAGGCAGAACAAGCCGCCCGCCACGAGGGCCACCGAGAUGUCACUGCCCUGGUCACUGGCAGUUUACAUUUGGUCGGCGGGUUUCUUGAGGUUUUGGAGACCGCCGAGCCUAAAUGA